AUGAGGGCGGUGAAGUGCCAGAAGGGUCAGAGGAGUCUCAAAGUGGAACGGCUCAAUCCUUCCAUCCGUCUGGGUGGCGUUGGAUUAGGACCCCUUCCCCCAGACAGCCCCGACACCAGGCAGCCCCGACCCCAGACAGCCCCGACACCAGGCAGCCCCGACACCAGACAGCCCCGACACCAGACAGCCCCGACACCAGGCAGCCCCGACACCAGGCAGCCCCCCCAGACAGCCCCGACACCAGGCAGCCCCGACACCAGGCAGCCCCGACACCAGGCAGCCCCGACACCAGGCAGCCCCGACACCAGACAGCCCCGACCCCAGGCAGCCCCGACCCCAGACAGCCCCGACACCAGGCAGCCCCGACACCAGGCAGCCCCGACACCAGGCAGCCCCGACACCAGGCAGCCCCGACCCCAGGCAGCCCCGACACCAGGCAGCCCCGACCCCAGACAGCCCCGACCCCAGGCAGCCCCGACACCAGGCAGCCCCGACACCAGACAGCCCCGACACCAGGCAGCCCCGACACAAGACAGCCCCGACACAAGACAGCCCCGACACCAGGCAGCCCCGACACCAGACAGCCCCGACACCAGGCAGCCGACACCAGACAGCCCCGACACCAGACAGCCCCGACACCAGACAGCCCCGACACCACACAGCCCCGACACCAGACAGCCCCGACCCCAGGCAGCCCCGACACCAGACAGCCCCGACACCAGACAGCCCCGACACCAGACAGCCCCGACACCACACAGCCCCGACACCAGGCAGCCCCGACCCCAGGCAGCCCCGACACCAGGCAGCCCCGACACCAAUGCAGCGCUCUAA